ACUGACCCUGUAAGCCUGGUUUCCUUCUAGGCCCAAGCUUCUCCUCGAACGGUUUCCUAUUCACUUCCCAGUCUUCGUUCCCCGAGUACGAACCUCGGAGCUCGGUUCAAUUACAGACUUUUACCAAGGUCCCCGAGAUAUAUCCUUCCGCGGAUCUCUUCGUCCUCCUAAACUAAAACGAGAUUUAGGAGUUUCAGACAUGAGGGUUCUUGUGAUUUGUGCUCUCCUAUUAGCCGCUGAUCUCGCUGUCGCGAGUGCCUUUAGCAGCGAUGAAUUCGAUGAAUUCUUCCGUGAUGAAUUCGACCAGAUUCCCACCCGAAUCCGACGGUCGUCGGAGGUGAAAAAAGGACGCGAUACUGCGCAGGGAGACGGUGAGAAAAAGAAGAAGCCUCGUCGUUCUUGCUGCGGUGAAAAUGACGACCUGAAAAUCCUCUGGGGCGACGGCGUCAGGGACAUUAAGAAGGAGUGUUUCGAUCAAGCGAAGAAGGCUACCGAAGUCGUGAGAAAAGCCAGAAUGAUGGAAGAAUACGAGGGAUUCAUUCACGGUAACAGAACCAAAGACGAAUACAUUUGCGCUGUGCAGUGCAUCGGUCAGAAGAAGGAAGUUCUGGACCACAUGGGAAACGUGAUGAAAGAAAGUAUGGGAGAAUACGUGAAAAAUACAUAUUCAUCGGAACCAUGGAAGGUGAUGAUAGCAGAUCAAGUUUUGGAAAAGUGUUUCACGGAAACGCAAAAGCCCAGCGAAGGUGAAGUGUCAACGGAUAACGGUGCAGUCACAAACGGGCGAUCGGUGCAGGCCAAGUGCAAUAAAAACGGGAUCGCCUUCAUUCACUGUCUCUGGCGAGAGAUGCAAUUGAAUUGUCCGGCCGACCAGCUGCGUGACAGCCGAAAAUGCAACAGACUUCGAGAGAGGCUACGUUUACAGGAAUCUGCCGUCAAUAACGGGACUGAGCGCAGUCUUUUCUGAUGACAUACACGCGUUGGAAGUUAUCUUUAAGUUACUUUACUUUAUUUAAUUUAAUCCGAAAAAAUCACUCGUAUAAUAUUCGACGUAUAACAUUUUAUCUUGUUAGUUUUUUUCAAAUUAUUAUUUAUUAA